AUGGCGACCAAUUCAUUUUCGCGCCUGGUAGGGACCCCGCCGACAUCGGCUUUCGUCGCCACCACCGCUUCGUGUGCGGGAACCACGUCGCCUGCCACUACGACCACGACCGCUUCGUCGCCACCAUCUUCGCCCGGACACGGCGCGACGUCGUCCAGCUCGCUCUUCGUGCACAGCCCGAGCGUAAUUUGUUCUUCGCAUCACCGGUCGGCCACGCCACUCGCCUUCAUGUGCCCCGGGCCCCUCACCUCCUCGUCUUCCUCUUCCUCGGCCUACUCUCUCUUCUCGUCGGGCGGGAGCAGCCUCUUCCACUCGCGGCUCUUCGCGUCGCCCUCUCCCGUCGCCCGCCUCUACGCCUCCCCCGCUUCGGCCCGACGCUUCGCCGACGGCGCUGAGCUCGCCGACGACGCCUGGGACUCUCCCCGUGCCGAGCACGCGAAGACCUUGCGGCUGGCGUCGGGUGCCCACAUGAUCCCCCAUCCCGAGAAGCGACACAAGGGUGGCGAGGAUGCCUACUUCCUGAGCGAGGACGGGCAGGUGGUGGGCGUCGCAGACGGCGUGGGCGGCUGGGCGCUCUCCGGCAUCGACUCGGGUCUCUACUCCAAGAGCCUCAUGGCCGAGGCCAAGAAGGCGGUGGAGGCGGCGAAGAAGGCAGGCGUGCAGCCCACCCGAGCGACGGACAUCAUGCAGAAGGCCUACGACCACACCAAGCACCUCGUCGGGUCGUCCACGGCCGUGAUCCUGAUGGCGGAGGGCCAAUCGGUCAAGUACUCAAACCUGGGGGAUUCGGGGUUCAUGGUGAUCCGCGGGGACAAGGUGGCGUUCCGCACGCGGGAGCAGACGCACGCGUUCAACACGCCCUACCAGAUCGGUACGGGCGGCGACCACCCGACGGACGCCGAGGAGGGGCGCGUGGCGGUGGAGGAGGGCGACAUCAUCGUGCUGGGCACGGACGGCCUGUUCGACAACCUCUUCGACGACCAGAUCGUGGAGAUCGUCAAGCAGGGCCGGCAGGAGAAGCGCGACGCCGACGAGGUGGCCGAGAUGAUCGCGCGACGGGCGCACAAGGCCGGCAGCCGGACCACGGGCGAGAUGCCCUUUGGCAAGAACGCGCGCACCUACGGCUACCAGUACCAGGGCGGCAAGAUGGACGACAUCACCGUCGUCGUCUCCUUCGUCUCCUCCUCGCCCUCGUCCUCGCCCUCCGCGCCCAUCUCGCCGCCCUCCUCGCCGCAGCAGAAGGCCAAGUUUUGA